CUUAUCACCACGUUUCUUAUUUUCCCCCACGUCUUCUUUACAAUACUAGAUGCUAUAUGUGCGAUAGACACAUAGCUUUAUGUACCCCUCUCAUUGAAUGUAGGAAGUGCCUCCUUUAUUACUUACAAACCGAGCAAGCGUUAGAAUUUAACUUCAACAGAAGUUGUUAAAGCUAACAAUGAACUAUAUAUAUGAGCCUUGUUGCAAUCUAAUCUACAAUCUUACACCUCACCUAUCUAACUUCCAUAAAGCAGAAUGCAAAAAGGUAAUCUUUUACCGAAGAUUUGUCGGAAAGAAAAACCGAAAAGACUCAUUACCUAAAAUAUUGUCGGACCAAACUCUUUAUAAUCUGUCUCAAUUACUACAUGAAGAAUUGGAUGGUUACUAUUGUUUUCCUACUGAAUACUAUUACUGUCAUUUUUGCACGUCCUAUGAAAAUAAUCCUCUACUAUAGAUUUACGAAGGUGGGCGCUAGAAGCAAAAGAGCAAGUUGAUUUUACUACGUUUAGAGCAGGACAUUGGUGGAUAUGGAAUUUUAAAAAGACUCAUCACAUUACAUCACGUAAAAUAACAAAAUUUAAAUCGCAAUCUAAUUCACAAUCUGAUGUACUGAUACGUCAAAAUGCAGAAUUUGUGAAAACUGUAAAACCACAUAUUGAUGUAAUUAGUGAAGGAUCAACUUAUAAUGCAGAUGAAAGCGGAUUUAAUCUAGAAAUAUACAUUCUGGAAGAACAUUAGCUAAUAUGGGAGCAAAGACAAUCGAAGCUACUAUUCAAUCUUUAUCUUCUAUAAGUCACAGUUAUACUAUUAUGCCAAUUAUAUCUGCGGAUGGAUCUCUUCUUUCGCCUCUAUAUAUAGUCUUAAAAGAAAUUACUGGAUCAUUUGGUCCACGAGUAGAAGAAACCCUUUUUCCACCUGUUAAUGUUUACAUUGCGGCUUCAAAAUCCGGAAAGCUUACAACUCAACACUUAAAAAUUUGGUUUUUAGAAGUAUAUCUUCCAAAUACUAAAGAGAAAAGUUUGCUAUUGUUAGAUUCAUGGACAGGCCAUUGUCCAGAACAAUUAAUAGAACAUAUACCAAAAGACAAACAAGUAACUAUUGUAACAAUACCAAAGAAAACAACUGCUUUUGUACAACCUUUAGAUGUUUUUGGCUUCAGAAUCUGGAAAAAUUUUAUUCGAAGCUUUUCUGAUAAUGUUAUUUUACAUAAUUACGAUGUAAAUUUACAUUUACGCAAUAACAUCAUAAAAUUACAGUCUUUGACACAUAAUCAACUUUCUUCUCCAAGAUUUAAAAAUUUAUUUAAAUAUAGUUGGUACAAAAGUGGUUAUUUAUCAACAAGGCCGGAAAAGUUUGAGAAUCCAAUCAAUUAUUGUUAUUUUAAAGAAGAAAAGAAUAUACCAAAAUGCAGCAUUUGUGGUAAAAUGGCUUUUAUACGUUGUGCGUGGUGCAAAAAUUAUUUUUUUGAUCAUUUCUUUGAACAAUAUCAUUAUUAUGAGUACGAUGAGUUGAUGAGUCAGAUGAGUUUAGGUACGGAUUCCGUCCUGGCUUUAUUGCUACCAUUUCUAGAAUGA